ACGAGAACAGAGAACGUAAAUUAAGGACAAUACUUUUCUUUGCGUAAUCAUUUGCCACUCAAGAUACACUAAUUCACCAUUAUGGGGAUUUCUGCUAAUAAAUUCAUAUUCAAUGAGUGAUUAAUUCCUGAGAAUUAAUAGUUUGUGCGAACUGCCGAAAGAUUCCUGCUGUUUCGUUUGGCCGACCUCGUUCUGUUUUAGACACCUUGUCAAUUAUGUAGCGAUGAUAAUGAGCAUACAGCGGGCGGUUCAACGAAGCGAUGAUGCUUUUCGGCAAUUCUGAGCCUAUGACCGGUUCCGUAUCGUGAUUCUAACGAGCAGAGUUCCUAGCCCUUCCAGACCAAGAAAGUGAAAGUUUCCCGUUGGUAUAAGUGCAGAGUGCAUGAUUCACAUGACUCAUUACUGGGUCUAUAGGAGAAACGCGAUAAGAUGAGACGCGACCAGUUGAAUGCCUUCGUUAAGGAGAAUUUACUAACAUUUCUGACUAUCGGGGGUGUUAUCGUUGGUAUUGUGCUUGGUAUUGGGUUGAGAGAGGUUCCAGCAGAUGGUGAAAAAUGGACCCCACGAGAGAUAUCGUACAUCAGCUUCAUAGGGGAUAUAUUUCUCCGGAUGCUGAAAGCUUUGAUACUACCUCUGAUUGUUACGUCCCUCAUAGCUGCCGUUGGUUCCCUGGAUUUGUCGCUUUCAGGGAAAAUAGGAGGUCGUGCUGUGUUGUACUACAUGGUAACAACAGUAAUGGCAGUUAUAUUAGGAAUUGUGCUGGUUGUAACCAUUCAGCCUGGUAAGGGAGCCGAAGAAUCGAGUGGCUCGAUAAAGGGAGAUGUGCGAAACGUUACGACGGCUGAUACCCUGCUAGACUUAGUGCGCAACAUGUUUCCCCCAAAUCUGGUACAAGCGUGUCUGCAGCAGUACCAAACUGUUUUGACACCGCCUAAAAACGAUCCGACGCAAACGGAUCUGAACCUUUGGGCUGUUGGAGGAAAGUUCGGCGAUGGAAUGAACAUCAUUGGACUGGUGGUGGCUUCCAUAGUGUUCGGAAUUGCGCUCGGUGCAUUGAAAGAAGAUGUUCAGUUAGUACUGAAGUUUUUCCAGCAGUUGUCACAUACGAUCAUGAAGGUUACUGGCUGGGUAAUAUGGUUAUCUCCUGUUGGAGUGCUAUUCCUGAUUACAGCAAAACUGCUGGAAAUGGACGAUCUUGGAGAGAUCUUCGGAAAACUUGGUCUAUACUUUGCCGUGGUUGCCGGUGGAAUAGUUUUCCAUGGGUUUGUUAUACUUCCCUUGCUACUUUUCCUUUUCACCCGUAGAAACCCGGUCAAGUUCGUGGCUAACAUGGGCCAAGCAGUGGCUACAGCAUUCGGAACCUCAUCCAGCUCGGCUACAUUACCAGUGACGAUGCAAUGCCUUGAGGAAAAGAAUCACAUCGAUCCACGUGUGUCACGAUUUGUACUGCCCAUUGGAGCAACCAUCAACAUGGAUGGAACGGCUUUGUACGAAGCAGUGGCGGCCAUUUUUAUUGCACAACUGAGAGGCCUGAGUCUUUCAUUCGGGAACAUUGUUGCUAUCAGCAUUACGGCUACGGCAGCAAGUAUAGGCGCGGCAGGAAUUCCUCAGGCCGGCUUAGUCACCCUCGUUAUGGUGUUGGACACAGUCGGCCUGCCUGCCGAGGAUGUAUCCCUCAUUAUUGCCGUAGAUUGGUUGUUGGAUCGCUUCCGUACUGUGGUAAAUGUGCUGGGAGAUAGCUUUGGGGCGGCCAUUGUUGCCCACUAUAGUCAAAAAGAACUAUCCACAAUAUCAUCUCGUGACGUCAAUGGGAAAUCGCAGCGCAAUUCAAUGGCACAUAGUGCUGAGACAGUAUUAUUCGAAGAAAGGUUGUAAGCGACAAUGGCGCAGACGGACUCCAGUGUACAAGGUUCUCAUAACCAAAAUUUUCUUCAAAUAAAAUGGAGUUUUGAAGUACCGAAUAUAAUAAUUAGUGAAAAACAGAACAAUAGGGAAAUAAAGUCGAACCUCAUAACCUCAAUUUAUAUAAAACAAAGAUUAUAAAGAUAGAACUUCAAAGUUAUUAGUUUACUCUCAUUUAUAAACUAGAGGUCUGACACAUUAUCCUCAGUUUUGUAAAAAUAUUUUUCUCUUAACCUUGGAGAAGAAGUAAUUCUAUUACUAUAAUUUAUAUAUUUUAUCAUGUUGAAUGAAGAAGCUUAUACAAAAGAGAAUGCUAAGCGAAUUGAACAUUGUUUUUAAAAAAAAUAUUAUAGGUAUAUAAUUUUGUUUGUAAUAAAUUGUAUCCUCAAAACAUG